UGGCAGAGCGGAGAAUUCCAUGUUGUGAGAGGGUUUGGUCACCGCUGGCAGCAGCAAUGGUGCCGUCCAUGCCCAGUGUGCCUUCCUGAAAUUUGGAUGGAUGAAGGCAGACGACAAGCAAGAGCUUCGCCGUCUCACUGCGUGGCUUGCUGCAUCUGGCAGGGCAAAGGCUUGGCAGGAGGCCAUCGAACGUGCGGGUCUUUUCCAAAGGCAUGGCCAAAGGUUGGAUGCCAUCAGCAUGAAUGCGCUGUGCAAUGCUUGCGCUAAAGCGGGGCGCUGGCAGUGUGCAAUGUCUUUGCUGGCGCAGGAGCUAGAGCAAUACACCAUCGUGAUCAGCGCCCUCUGUGGGCAGAGCCGCCCCUGGACCAUGGCCUUGGAUUUGUUUGCAAGUGCUAAGGCAGUGCAAGGGCAACAGGCUCAAGAUGUGGUGCUUCUGUCUGCUUUGCUCAAGGCAGUGCCGUGGCGCCGGGGGCAUGAGCUGCUUCGCGAAGCACAUGAUGUGGCCGAUAGACAGCGCCUUGUCUGUGGUGCUGUGAUGUGCUAG